UUGACAGAUUUCAAGUAUCGGUCAUUUUCGUUGUUGUGUUUUCUCUCCUCUCUGUAAAUUUUAUUAAAAAACUCAACUUAAAGUCGUCGAAUGCACUUUGAAUAAUGUUAAAAACAUUUCCUGUGUGACAAACACCUUAGCCGAGUUAUCAUCUAAGUGUUUAAAAUGGAGAGAGUCCGAAAUAAUUUCACCGAAAUGCCUCGUCGAGCCGGAGAGGUCCUCCGGCGAAUCAACAGAUUUACAGAAGGACCCCUGACGCGGAAGAAACUCGUCCUUCUAGUGCUCAUAGUGGUGUUCUUGCUGCUGUACAUCGGCCCCACACUCCUCAACUGGUGGAGCUCAGAGACAUUCACCGACCAUCAGUUCACUUGCAAGAACACCUUCCUAGAACCUUUCCAAGAGGCUUUGAACGACUACGACGCCUAUGUGCGGCAAGAGCACACCGGCACACACACACCUAAAAGUCACAACUAUGUGCCCUAUGUAGGCAAUGGCUAUUUAGGCCUAGCAUUAGAACAGUACUCACCAUUGCAGAUAAAAAAUGGAAGAUCACUGUCUCUACCGCUACAUUACUACCCUCUGUACAUAGCUAAGGAGGCAGAAAUGAAAGAGUACACUGUAGCAGAGUACAGAAAGGGAAUUAUUCACAGGUUUCAAUGCAGUGGGUCUGGUUUGCAAGUUUCAUACAAGUACUAUGCACACAGGACUAUCCCAUCCCUUUUUGUUCAGGAAAUUAAUGUGAAUAACCCAACUAGUGCCUCAAGGUCAGUGGAAUUCUUCAAACUUGGGAUUGAGGAUUGGCCAACUGCCGUCUCCCAGACUGUCAAGCUACGGCAUGGAGGUGACACUAAGGAUUAUGAGGUGGUGACAGGUAUGCUGUCUGUCCCGGACAGUGACCUGGUCAUUGCUGCAUCAGUGGUCAGCAGGAAGAUGCCCAACUCCAUAAUCAUUGAAGCCAGGGAGAGCUCUGAGAUAACCAUAUUGACUACUGUGAACUACAGUGGCAAAAUAAAGCAGUCAGAAUAUGCAAAGUAUAAAGAUAUUGUUGAGAAGAAGGCUUUAGAUGAAAUGGAGAAGAUAUCAGCAACAUCAGACCCCACUUCUAUUAAAACUUUAAGAGAUAAACAUGCAAGAGUCUGGGAUGGGCUCUGGUACACAGGUUUCUCUAUCAGUGACUCUAAAGCUGAGGGGGUCAUUAAUGGAGAUAGGAUCAAUGCUACCAUAUAUGCUAUCUUAUCACAAGUAAGAAGCUAUGAGCAUGAGGAAAAUAUUCGCCCGAAAACCAGGUCUGAUAUACUGAUGUCUUUGACUUACUCAGAAGGUUGUUACGAAGGUCACUCUACACUGGAUGCAUUCAACUUGUGGAAACCUCUUCACACUCUGAAUGACUUGAACACUGUGGCAAGUAUUUGGUUGCUUACUUUAGAGAAACAAGGUUGUCACAACUUGUUAAAAGCAGGAGCCAGUGGGGUGAACCUGGCCAUGAUCUUGAGUUUUGGUAGCUUACGAUUCAGCAGCCAACACUUGGAGUACAACAUCCAUCCGUCCAAGCUGCACCGAGACUUCCUCUUCCGCCGUGUGACAUAUGGCAACAUGACGCAUUUGAACAUAAGUGUUGUAGUACAAGAGGACAACAAAGCUGCCUUAUUUGUUGCUUUAGACCGCUCCGACCGCACCUACUACGCCUGCGACGGUGGAUGUUUAGACCCGCCUACCAAGCUGGGUGCUUAUCGCGUAUACUUCCCAGUGAAACUGACUGAGCCAUUGACUGCUAUACUGUACAUAACAGCUGAUAAGCAGCACAUGGAGGACUUGAGACAUGCGAUACAUGUGAAGGAAGUGAUAGAGGCUCCCGCUCAUGAGGACCAUGUCAUAGCGCUGCACAAACAUGGACACAGCCUGGGAGGACUCAACCCGCUGUUCUGGAUGUCCAUCAUAUGUUUGAUUGUGGUCUUCCAUCUGUUCCUGUGCAGAAUCAUCAUGAACGAGUUCUGUGACAGUGGCAUUAACUAUAGGAGGCUCUAUAACAAACCGUCAAUACCCUGAAUAUUUAGGGAAUACUGUGAAUGUUUGUGGACUGUCAUGAGAACUAUUGCCUUACAGGACAGCCAGUGAAGAUGAGUCCGUCAAGAUGAAGGCCUUUAUUGUAGCACAUCACAAGACUGCGUAACUUUAUGUUGAAAAAUUCUAGUAUUCAUAGAUUAUGUUCCUUCUUUAAUAGUUUAGUUAGCAAGGUAUGCUAAUAAUAAUGUUAUGUAACGUAUUUUCUUUAUAUUCGUUAGCACAGUCUUUAUAAAUAAACCUGAUGUAACUGCUGGAAAAGAUAGCACCUUCUCGAGUUUUGGGUUUAAAUAAUACCACAGGUGCUUGACAACAUGUUAAACUUUUCAGACAUAGGUAGUAGGUGUGAUAUUUAAAAAGUACCAGAUGCUUCCAGUAACAAUACCUAUGUCCUUUAACACAUGUGAUUGAUUUCACAAUAUUUAAUCAUGUCUUGGCCUAAUUUUGUUGACAAGUCAUGUUCAUUUCUCUCUUCAAUACUGUUAGUAGGUAGGUAGUUUUGUACCUAGGACCUAUAUCUAAUCUAAACUUCUACCUAAUUGUAUAAUUUUAAAGUCUAACUUAGCAGAAAUUUUCGCUUUAGGUACAAAAUUACGAGAAGAAUUUAAAAAAUGAAUAGACAAUUUAGGCUUUAUCACGAAAAUUAUCAAUGCAUAAGAAGAUUGCCUAAUAACUCUGCUGAAGGAGUGAAUAGCAAUAAGUAAUGUUGAAUGCGUGACUAAGUUUUUGUGGUAAGGCCGUUAGAUAGUACCUAUGGGUUAUUUAAAUGUGCCUACUGAUACAAAAAAAAACCGCUAGCUACUAGAUAAGUGAUGUUUAUUACUUACUUAAGAUUAUGUAGGUGAAUGA